GCAGGCGCUUAAGACUGGUCACGAUGCCCACUUCUUCCUUAACUUCAGUGUUUCUUUCGUUGCUCUUCCUAUGCCUCUUAUACAGUGGGUAUACGGACAACAAUUUGGAUGAGGAUAAGCGCAAACUAUUUGAAAUUUACAAUAGCUCCCAUGAUGAUAUGACCAAGAUCAAUAAUAUCCCAGAAUUAGUCAAUAUAUAUGAGCGCAUUUCGUACACCUUAUCUCCGGAACUAAGGGAAAAACUUGACAGAAUUAUCGAUGAAAAUACAGCUACGGAUCAUGAUACUAUAUUAGUGGAUGGCAUGCCUAGACAAGGCGGCAAAAAAAAAAGAAAGUUUAUAGCUCCCAAGUUCUUGACUGAGCCUGCAAAAGACGUAGCAAGUGGAUUCUUUCAGAGCCUUGGAGCGGGUUUGUAUGACUUCUUCUUUGGGAGUAAGAAAGAAGAGUAACAUAGUAUACAUCAAAUUUGUAUAUCAUAUACUUUAACAAUACGAGAAAUACAAAUCGUGUACAUUUAA